AAUUUGGCUUGAGAGAUGAAUCGAGCGCGUAUUUAUUUGCGAGUUGCAGAAAAAGUUGUAUACAGAAAUCGUCACAGAAGUGUCUUUGCAAUUAGGACUUAUCUAAACAAUGCGACUAUUGCCAGCAACACCAGUCCGAUAUUGAUAAAACCAAUAAGCAGAUUCUGUAGCAGCAUUACAGAGCAGGAAUCCUCGCUAGAUAGCGUCACCUAUGACCGUGUCUGUACCCAAACGUUGGAUGCACUCUACGAUUACAUUGAAGAGCUGACUGAAAAUGCCACAGAUCUUGCCGGCAGUGAUGUGGCCUACGGUGAUGGUGUGCUGACUGUGAAUCUGGGACCAGCGAACGGUAUCUAUGUGAUCAAUCGACAGACGCCCAACAAACAGAUUUGGCUUAGCUCCCCCACAAGCGGCCCAAAACGGUUCGAUUAUGUUUCCGGAGGCACAGAUGCCGGUGAAUGGAUCUAUAAGCACAGUGGUGAAUCUUUGCAUCAGCUGCUCCAACUGGAAUUGGGAAAAAUCUUUAAGGGGCAAUCAGUUGAUUUUCUGCAACUGCCCCACAGCCACAAUUGACUCUGGUCAAUACCAAUAUUUAGAAUUUCGUUAGAAUAUAAAUACUACAUCGACAUAAGCAUUGUUGGCAUGGCACAGCAUGCUAGUCUGAUUGUUAGCAAUAAAUAAUUGAUUUGUUAAAAUAAUAAAUUAAAAAUAUUCAAAUUAAA